AUGGAAACCCGCUACCAAACAGUAGAGAAAAUUAUUGAAUAUCGACUAAUUACAAUAAGCGGAGUAUUGGUUUUUAUUUGUAAUCUUGUGAUUCUGAUUGUGAUCAACACAAAUCGGGAUCUUAGAUGCAAAAUGUGCCUGUAUUCAUUUAUGGCCUUUGCAGAUUUGACGAAUGGUAUUUCGUUAGCAAUAACCGGUCACUCGCGUGAAGUUCUUUCCUACACCACUGCAGAAACCAGUACGAUAACUCCAUGGACAUGUAUUACCCAGCGAUCAUGGCCUAUAGCGUUUAUUAUAGGGGGUGAAAUGGUGUCAGUAACAAAGUUGAUAGUUGCAAUGGAAUGCCUGAUUGCAUUAAAGUGCUAUGUCUUUUACAGUUCUUCUUGGAGAAUACACCAUAAAAUUAUACUUGGUUGGACAGGUUACGCGAUUAGUGGAGUAAUCGCUGGAUUGUCAUUGGUAGCAGCUUCUGCAGAAACUAAAAAAGGUGCAUUGAUAUCACCUUACUGCUACACUACACACAUAACUGGAAAAAACUAUGCAAUUUUCCACUUGUUGAGUAUUGCUCUUUCUUCUCUAUUAAGCUUUGCAAUUGCUUUUGCUGUUUAUUCAGUGAUGAAGCGCUCACAGGUAAAUCGUGUGGACCUACGCCGCCAAUUGGUGACGUGCCUAACAAUGUCGAUAGCAGUAGUUCUUUCAACUGCUCCUAUAACCUGUGUAUUUUUAAGUCAGAUGAAUUAUAUUACACUUCACGAUUUACUUGGCGGAUUACUCUAUAGUACCUAUGCGGCAACUUCAGUGGUCAAUCUCCCUCUUUACACUGCUCGUACCGAUUUCCGUUCACAGUUAUUUGCACUAAUAUUUGGAAAUGGAUUUGUACGUAAUUUUCGAAAGAAACAAACGCCGCUACAUUCGGAGUGGUGGUUCCACAAGCAUGUUGCGCAGUCGGAAGGAAAAAUUACGCGAGUUAGCGAAAUGGGGCUGGCCAGACCACAGAUGAUCAGAAAUACAGAAAAGUCGUAA